AUGAAAAGGUUAUCAAGUUUGAAUCAACUCUUGCUUACGAUUCAACACAUCUAUAUAAACACAUUUGCUUUAUUUAUAAAAAAAGAAACCGUAACUUAUCAUUGUCCUGUCAACUUUCUUGCAACACAAAACACUGUUGUAUUCAAUAUUUUGGACGACGGUGCCGUAGGUGACGGCAUUCAUGAUAAUACUGAUUCUAUUCGAAGAACGAUUCUUCGAGCAACCGAUCACCAAGCACCUUGUACGGUACUUGUUCCCGGAGGAGACUUUCUCACAGGUUCAUUACAAAUACCGUCAAAUGUAACAUUCUAUCUAGCCGCAAAUGCUACUCUCCGUGCCUCGGAUAAUGCCAGUCAUUAUUCAUGCGUUCCAAGUAUGACAAGUGAUACGGGACCUUGCGAUUAUCCAUUUCUACUUGUUGAUCAUGCACACGACGUUCAUCUUCGGGGAGAAGGUCGAAUUGAUGCCGGUGCUAAUAGUCCACCAGGCCAUCUCGUUCGUGAAUAUCGUCCAGCAUCGAAUAUGCUUAUACCUACAGAAUGGAAACUACCGAAUUGUUCGUAUUACAGUUGUCGACCAAAGUUGCUCGUUGUACGAUACAGUUCAUCAGUUGAAUUGACAAAUAUAACUAUAAUGAAUUCUCCUCUAUGGACAGUGACGAUUGUUGAAAGUGAAAACAUUCUUUUUGAUCAUGUGACGAUAGUUGGCGAUCGUCGUUGGCCAAAUAAUGAUGGUAUUGAUCUAAUCAAUUCCCGUCAUGUGACGAUUCGCAAUUCAAACAUAACGACGGGCGAUGAUUGUAUUGCCAUCAUGUCACAUGGCCCAUCGUCGAUGUUUAAUAUCACGGUGGAGAAUAUGGAUUUACAGAGUACAUCUGCAGGAAUUAAAGUUAGCGCGUAUGAAAGAAACUCGACGGGUGAUAUGUAUGAUAUGGUAUUUAGAAAUGUACGAAUAAACGAUACAAAUCGUGGUUUAUGUGUUGCACCACGUUGGGGAUCAGGAAGAAUAGCAAAUCUUCUAUUCGAACAAAUGUCGAUCGAAACGAGAUUUUUUGGUUUAGACUGGUGGGGUACAGCCGAGCCAAUUUAUAUAACUGGUCUUUCAGCUAAUGCAGAACGGGCGUGGACGGGACUAAUGAAAAAUGUCACUUUCAGACACAUCGUUGCACGCGGCGAACAAGGCUUUCUUGUUCGAGGAAAUACAAGUAUAUUACAAGAUAUCUAUUUUAGCAAUGUGUCACUUACGAUUGCACGAUGGAGUAAUGUAAGUGAACAUCCGUCGCUUGAUUAUCGUCCGUCACAAGAACCACAAACGAGUCAAGCAAAUGUGGAUGGGCUCUUUGCUAUGGACACUAAUGGAUUAUAUCUCGAAAAUAUUGAAAUCGAGUAUUCCGAACCAAAGCAAUACUAUUAUGGACAAUGUUUGAAUAUUAGUAAUGUGACGCAGCUAAUUAAAACAAAUAUUCAGUGUCGAAACGCGAAUUUCUUAACAUCGGGACAAACGAAUUGGAAAGCUAUUGACAAAAUAGUAAUUGUAUUUUUCUUUGUGAUACUAGCACUUUUUAUCAUUUUAUUGUAA